CAAAGUAAAAUUAGUUUAAUAGAGUGUUUUACAAAUUACUAUUUAUUAUUAAUAAGAAGGGCAUUGCUUUUGUUGAGUUUGGUACUUUGUGUUUCUAAGUUUAAAAAGCAAACAUGGAUUUUACGUAUCAAGAACAAGCUGAUAUUCACAUUAUGUUUGGAAGAGCAUUCGGUAAUUGUGUUGAAGCAAGACGAUUGUAUCAUGAGGCAUUUCCUAAUCGACGAGUGCCACACCGUACGGUUUUCGCAAGAGUAGAUCGCAAUUUAAGGGAAACAGGAAUAUUUCAAAGACUGGAAGUUGUUGGGCGACCAAGAAAUGCCAGAACGCUAGCAUUAGAAGAACGCGUGCUAGAUCGUAUUGAAGAAGAUCCAUCCAUCUUUGAGCACUCGCAUCAUCGCAAAUCAAGAAGGGUCCUCUCAGUCAACCGUAUGGAGAAUUUUGCACGAUAUGUUACUCUACCCUUAUCAUAUUCAACGGGUUCAGGCUUUGGAAGAGCGAGAUUUCCUUUCUCGUGUACACUGUAAUUGGCUAGAAGAAAACCGCGUUGCUUUUGAAAAUUUUGAGAAGAAAAUUUUAUUUACUGACGAGGCCGGCUUCACAAGAAACGGAAUUUUCAAUUUCCACAACAACCACCUAUGGACGGAUGAGAAUCCCCAUGCUACGGUACAGAAGGCACAUCAGCAGCAGUUUAGUUUAAGGGUGGAAACACACGAGGCGGUUUGCAAGCGGUUUGCGCCGCGACGGUUGUCGCGCGGUGGUCGAGCUCGACGCCUCGUUUAUGGGACUUGUGAGCUUUGAAACAGACGGCGCCGCCUAAUCCCAUAAAACGCGGCGUCCGACGCGCGUACCCUGCUCGAUACCAUGGGCCGCCGGCACGCCGCUUGGUUUUUAUUGCUUUAGCGGCACUACCGCGGCACAUCAUUUACUUAUCUUCUGUGUUGCAAACCACACGUAGGGUUUUUUGGUGCGUUUUUUUUUGUGCAGUGUUGAAAAGUGUUCAUUUAUUAUGGAAACCAGGGAAUUCAACAUAGAAAAAUUAAUUACUGAGGUUCAAUUGAGGCCAGCGAUUUGGGAUAUGCGUGAUGAUAAUUAUUCAAACAGAAUAAAAAAAAAACAGGCAUGGGAAGAAGUUACUACAGAAUUUCUAAGCGCAGCUGCUUCUGUUGAGGAAAAAAAAAUUAUAGGUCCUAUGCUACAAAAAAAAUGGAAAAAUGUCAGGGACAGAUAUUCCAAACACCUUUCCGAAAGUAAAGGCAAAUCUGGGCAAGGCCGGAAAGGAAAAACCCCAUAUAUGUGUGCCCAACAGCUCUCAUUUUUGUCGGAUGUGGUCCAAAGAAGGGCAACAGAGAGUUCGCUCGAUGCAACACAUGAAUUGGCAGCCACAGAUGAUGAGACUGCAGCCACGCCUCAGGAAGGUACAGAUGAAGAUGCAUCGAUAGAGCCACCAGAUCAACCAAAUACAACCAAGCGGGAAUCCCGAAAAAGGCAGCAGCAACAGCAUUAUGGUGAAGAGCGCAUUAAGAAGAAAAAAAAUGAUUCGGUAGAAACAGUUUUGUGUGAAGCUCUUCAAACACACACCGAUAUUCAAAAAGGAAAACUGAUGAAAGAAAAAGAAAGUGUGGAUGAUGACAAGCAUUUUUUGUUGUCAUUGUUGCCAUUUUUUAAAAAAAUUCCAAUUGAUAACAAGUUGUUGGUCAGAAUGGAAUUGAUGGCUUUAUUAAAUAGGCAUAUUUGUCCACCUCCACACCAACAUCAUGCUACUACAUUCUCCGAACCACCUAGUCACUUCCAACCCCACGUUGAACCACCAUCAUGGUAUACACAUUCAUUGCCUCCACAGAAUUCAUUACCACAACAACAUCAACCAACUUCAACACCACACCUUCAGAAUCAGCCAGGGCCUUCUGGGCUACAACGAGUUGCGCCACCCGAAUCCCAAUUCUCACCAUAUUCUCUUGAUGGUUCAGAGCAUAUGAGUUUAUAGGCAUAUAAGUUUAAUUUAGUUUUUUUUUGUUUGUUUUUGUUUGUGUUUAAAUAUAUUAUAUCUAUAUCUAGUUCA